GGACGGAAACUAACUAGGGUCAAAAGCCAACCCCGACAGCCGCCUGGACAGCCGUAUCCGUACUACAGCGAGUUGCUGUGGCAGCCGCUCGCCAACAGUAUGACGUCGAUAUUACAGCCAAAGUUUCACUUCGCCGAGACACAGAGCUUCAGCGUCGUCGACGCUGGGCCGUGUAAAGUAGCAGAUGAAGAAACUGAUAUCGGGGUCGAUGUAGGGGCUCUAUCAGCGUCCUGCACACGACUGGCAUCCUCAAUAAAGGAGAUGAAAAAAGCAGGCGCGGCUCCAGAAAAAAUCCAGUCGGCUGUAGAUGAGCUGCACACGCUUCGCAAUGAUCUAGCGGCGGCAACAGUAGCCCUGGAGAGUGAUGAAUUCGAGAACAGCCUGAACCGUAAGCUGUUUGACGAGACUGUGCUCCGGCGAAUGUUUGUUGUCCCAGCAUUCGAAAUACAUGGUGGCGUCACCGGUUUGUUCGAUUUGGGCCCACCAGGGUGUGCGCUCAAGGCCAACGUAGUUGAUAUCUGGCGGCGACAUUUUGUUCUUGAAGAGAAAAUGCUCGAGAUGGAGUGCACGUGUCUUACUCCAGAACCAGUGCUCAAGACGUCCGGACAUGUUGACCGAUUCACAGACUUGAUGGUAAAAGAUAUUGAGACCGGUGACUGCUACCGGGCGGAUAAACUGUUGGAGGAUCACAUUGACGCGUUGCUCAAUGGUGGGACUGUUGUGCCAACUACCGCCGAGGAGCAUAGAAAGGUUCAACGACAAGCUGAUGCGUAUUCCCCGGAGGAGCUUGGAAGCAUCUUGGUUGAGUACGCCAUCACGGCCCCGGCGACUGGCAACCAGCUCACCGCACCAUUUGCCUUCAACCUCAUGUUUGGCACAAAGAUUGGUCCCAGUGGCACGCUCACCGGAUAUUUGAGACCAGAAACUGCGCAGGGGCUUUUUGUGAACUUCCGUCGACUUUUAGAUUACAACAAUGGACGCGUACCAUUCGCUGCAGCACAGAUCGGCCUUGGGUUUCGGAACGAAAUUGCCCCGAAGAACGGACUUCUGCGCGUUCGGGAAUUCACCAUGGCAGAGAUCGAGCAUUUCGUGAACCCUGCUGAAAAGGAACAUCCAAAAUUUGCUUCCGUCCGUAACAUAGUAAUGAAACUGUUCGAUCGCGAUGCGCAGCUCGGAACUGGUCGCAUUGCAGAGCUCACAGUUGGGGCCGCGGUGUCUGCAGGCACAAUUGCCAAUGAGACGUUGGCAUAUUUUAUGGCGCGUACGCAACUAUUCAUGGUCAAGAUUGGCAUGGACCUAACUAAAUUGCGCUUUCGUCAGCAUCUUGCUACGGAGAUGGCCCAUUACGCUGCAGACUGCUGGGAUCUUGAGAUCUUUACUGCCUAUGGCUGGAUUGAGUGUGUUGGUCACGCCGAUCGCGCGUGCUACGAUCUUGCGGUGCACUCGGCCGCGACAGGCGUGCAGACUGAGGCCUUCAAGCAGCUUGAUACACCAGUAGAGAUGGAGAGCGUCACGUUGCUUCCCGACCGUAAAACUAUCGGCCUCACCUUCAAGAAGGAUCAAAAAGCGGUCUACGCAGCUCUUGAUGCACUGCAGAGGGAUGACUCAAAGCUCCGCGCGUUCGAGGCCACUCUUUCCACGGGGGAAGCGGUGUUGCAUGACGGAGAAACUGCCUGGAAACUGACGCCCGACAUGCUCGCUUUCAAGCGAUCCAAAAAGCUAGUGCAAGUUGUCAAAUUUAUUCCUAGCGUCAUUGAGCCAUCGUUUGGUAUUGGGCGUAUUCUUCACGCACUCUUGGAGCACUCGUUCCACCAGCGUGAUUCCAAGGAUGAACAACGUGUCGUCAUGCGCUUGGCCCCACCCGUUGCCCCCAUCAAGUGCGGCAUUUAUAAUCUCCAGACGAAUGUUAAAUUCAUGCCUUUUGUUACUCGAAUCGAGAAGCUUCUCACGGAUGCCGGCAUAACCAACAAAGCUGACACUUCCGGCCAGUCCGUUGGCAAGCGUUACGCCCGUGCUGAUGAGCUUGGCACACCCUUCGGCGUUACCGUUGACUUUGACACCUUGAUAGAUCAUUCUGUCACCCUCCGGGAACGAGACACCAUGGCACAAGUACGUGUGAAGAUAAGCGCUCUUCCUUCGCUACUCGAGGAGCUCUGUGACUUUUCCGACCACCCAAAACCAUGGGCCUCGAUCACAUCUCGCUUUCAGCGUGUGUGUUGUGUCGAGGGUCCCAUUCGGCACCAAGUGACUUCACGUUGCAUCUUUUCCAGACCUGCGGAGCUAAUCUGAUGCGCAUCAAGUUCGAUGCGCAUAGUGUAGAUAUCUAGGCAAAGCACAAAGUCUGAUAAUCUGACUUUGCGGCAGUCUAUCCCGCAAACUGAUGAAUUUUCUCAUCUUGAAGUAUUCACAUGACAUCAAAUGUUGGAUGGCUGUCCGAUGCAACAUUAUUCCUACAAAGUAACUUUCAUGGUCGUGCCGCUUGGCGCCUUGUGGGACUGCGCAACAUUUCCAGUCACUGUACCACUUCUCUUUACCCUUCCGUAUCCGUAUCCACGUGCCACACGCCCUGCACAAGCGGGUACGAGCCUUCAUCUUCAGAAGCACCGUCUCUUUUACCGUGGGCCUACACGAGAGUGCACGAGGCACUCUGCGCCUCCCGUCUCAGAAAAAAUGCGCCGAAUUCCGAUAUAAGCUAAAACCAGGGCGCUCUUAAAAACCGAUAUAAGUUGGAUUAUUUCCAAAGCCCAGACGCGGGGGUGUUGUCCCCCCGAACCAACCCCGAACCCUCCGGUGGAUGAUGUCCAGAUCAGUGACAGAGCGAGUAUGCUCCACGCAGCUCCCCUAAUUUUCGCGCCCCCCUAAAUCCGCUCCCUAAAUCCCGGAAGUCGCUC